AUGUCGGACUUGUACAUUAACACAUUGCAUGGCGAUGAGAGGAGAAAGAAAAGGAAGAGGGCAGCUGCUGGAUUUUUUGUGUCGGUUGUCGCGAUAGUUCAACACACGUAUUGUCAGAGGAAGAUUAGAGAGCUUGAUGAUUUCAGUGAGGAUGAGGCGGAGAUUAGGAUUAGAAAGCAGAUGCUUAGAUCAAUUUAUCAGGGUUCUAACAAGCACUGUUUUGAUAGUUUGCGCCUAACUAAACGGUCCUUUGUGGACCUGUGCGCUAUCUUGCGUGAAAGAUGUGGUUUGGGGGACACAUUUUAUGUGUCGGUUGAAGAAUCAGUCACAAUGUUUCUGCUAGUGCUAAGCCAUGGGAUGAAAUACCGGUUAAUUGAAAGCACGUACAGAUGGGCACUCGAGACCAUCAGUAGGCAUUUCAAUGAGAUCUUAAGAGCUGUCCUUUCCUUGUCUCAUGAGUUUAUAAAGCUACCAACCCCUUCAGCUGAGCAGCCCGAGGAUAGUAGAUGGAAAUGGUUUCCAGAUGGGCUAGGAGCUUUAGAUGGCACACAUGUUGAUGUCCGUGUUUCCGCUCUCAAGCAAGGCAGAUACAGAAAUAGAAAGCAAGAUGUGACCACUAAUGUGCUUGGUGUUUGUGACCGGAAUAUGAAGUUUUUGUAUGUCUUAGCUGGAUGGGAAGGUUCUGCAUCUGAUUCACGAGUGUUGCGAGAUGCAAUGUCACGACAAGACGCUUUUAGAGUUCCACAUGGAAAAUACUACCUUGUAGAUGCUGGGUACACUAAUGGUCCGGGCUUCUUUGCUCCAUACCGGUCAGUCCGGUACCAUUUGAAAGAAUGGGCGGCUAAUGGAAAUAACCCACAAACUCCAAGAGAGUUAUAUAAUCUGCGACAUGCAUCAGCUAGGAAUGUGAUAGAGAGAACUUUUGGUCUACUAAAGAUGAGAUGGGCUAUUUUGAGGACUAGUUCAUUUUUUCGCAUACGGAAUCAGAUCCGUGUCAUUAAUGCUUGCUGCAUAUUGCAUAACUUUCUAAGAGAUAGGCAGAGAGAGAUGGAUGAUAUAAUGCUAAUUGACGUGGAUAAUCAAACUGCUGGUGAAAGUGCAGCGGAAAUGGCUGCAGAGAAUGUCAACAACAUCAACACUGAUUCUGCCGCAACAUCUUCAACCCAAACCGGCGAGGAACAGAAGAGGAAGAGAUAUCGAUCGGAUGACUCAAUUGCAUCUAUGCUUGGAGAGAAACUGGAUAAUUUUACCAGUGCCUACAAAGCUGAUAUCGCUCAAGUUGCUCCUCCUGAGAAACCCUCCUCUCCUGAAGAAAUACUUGACGCUCUCAAUGCAAUUGUGGGACUGGAUGAUGAUGGCUUGCUAGCAGCUUAUGAUAUCCUCAUAGCAGAUGACCGCAAGUUCAAGGCUCUUAUGGCGCUGCCUGAAAGGAUGAAGAAGAAAUGGAUCCUCAAGCAAAUCAACCAAUGA